CGAAAACAUGAGAUGUGAGAAGAAAUUUGUACCAUGAUCAGCGCCAUGCAGUCCCUUGAUAGAUGAUCUUAGCUUCUCCUUACCGAAUGGUAACUUCUCUCUUGAAGAUAUACUAAGUCUGGGGUUUCCUCCCUUUUCGAAAAUUUCUAUGGUUCUGUGGUGUCAUUCGUUUUGUUCCCCCCCCCCAUAUACCCCUUAGAUCUUUGGUUUUACGAUCGGGCAGGAUGCAGUUCCUUUCGUUGCUUUUGCUAUGCCUGACGGCAUUGCAACCAACGCUGGCCGUUCUCGACGUUACAGGAGCCCCUGCUUGUGGUUUAAAAUGUAUUAUGACAUCGAUGGCCAACUCGGACUGCUCAAUAAGCAACACAACAUGUAUCUGCACGACUGCGUCGCUACAACUCCAGAUCGCCGAAUGCGUGACCGCGAGCUGCUCCAUACGUGAUCAAUUAGCUACGAAGAAAUUCUCCUCGGAAACGUGCGGCGUGAAGAGCCAAGAUAGACGGGACCUUGUCUGGAUCAUUGCGAUAACCUUCGGGGCGCUUAGUCUUCUAGCUUUCAUUCUACGAUGUGCUGCAAGGCUUAUUGGCUCGCACGACUGGGGCCAUGAUGAUAGUGUUAUGUGUGUGGUUAUGAUUCUCGAGAUCGCCCUCGCGAGUCUUUCCAUACCUCUUACCCAGCACGGGCUUGGUUUGGACAUGUGGUUCGUGCCUCAUGAUGAUGUAACAGAGGUCCUUCGUUUAUAUUAUUUCGACGAAUUGAUAUACAUCUCAUCCCUCGCUCUAACCAAAAUCUCUAUUCUCAUAUUUUACCUGAAAGUCUUCCCGAAGCGGUCGUUUCGUCUAGUCACCUACGGCUUAAUAGCCCUCAACUUGUUGUACGCCCUCACGUGGGACUUCCUUCUGAUCUUCCAGUGCAGGCCAAUCGCCGGAGCCUGGUUGCAAUGGGACAGCGAAACCGAGACGCAAUGUAUCAGCAUCAACGUCCUGGGAUGGUCUGCCGCAGCUGUCAACAUCGUGUUAGAUUUAGCUGUCAUUAUACUGCCGCUCCCUGAGCUGUUUGCUUUAUCUCUGUCGCUGAGGAAGAGGUUGCAAAUUAUUGCUAUGUUUGCUGUCGGUUUCUUCAUCACCAUUGUCAGCAUCGUCCGCCUUAACUCCCUCAUUCGAUUCGGUACUACACAGAACCUUACACAGGACUACGUUGAGACAGGGUACUGGUCGACGAUCGAAGUUCCCGUAGGCAUUAUCUGCGCGUGCAUGCCGGCCAUACGAUCGCUCUUCAGCCUGGCGCUGCCGAAGGUCUUCGGCACCACGCGCGCGGGCAUCGGAUCAACAUUCAACAGCUUCGGCCCGUCCUCAUCCGGCAACCGGCUCGACUCGCGGAACAAGAUCAAGAUCAAGCAGGAGUGGUCGGUGCUCAGCGAGGGUCCCUUUGACGUGGACGCCGAGCCGCACGGGCGUACCCCCAGCGACGUCGAGCUCCUGGACGUGGGGGGCAAAACGGCUGCUGACGGUAGCGGCGGGGGCCGCCCGGCCGCCCGGAAAAUGACGCUUUCCAAGCACGACGGCGCGUGGCGGGGCAUGAGCAUCCCGGAGCAGCAGGAAGAAUCGUAUAAGUCGGAUGUUUUCACGCGAGAAAGAGAGUUGUCGUAGAGAAAAGCUGGUGGCACAAUUUUUGUAUACGUUAAAAAAAUUCCACAUUGAUCCGCUACCUAAGGUAUUUCGCCUUUAUAGACUUUAUCUUUCGUCCUUAAUUUGUACCUAUGCCUAUACCCUACAGGUUUAAAACGGACAGUACAUUCUCUCUCCGUGAAGCGGUUACGGAGUUGAGGGCAGGGCUGGGCAGGGCUGGGACGGGGUCAUGGAGGGACAAGGGAGCGUGGAACCGCGAGGCCUGACGAAUUUAGGAAGUCGAAAUGCUAUUGGUAAUUUUUUAUUUAUUCGUCAUAUUCCAGCUCGGUCUUACAUUUAACUAGCUCAGUUCUGGAACGAAGCUGCUUCCUUAUGAUACUAGUUCGUCUAGUUUGU